AUGCCCAGGCUGCUGUGCACCUCCCUGCUCCUGCUGGCCGCCCUGGCCCUCGCUCUGGCUGUAAGCUCCACAUCGAACAGCAAGUCUAAGGAUAAGCAUGCAGCAGUCGGCAUGCCAGAGCCUGCAGACCUCAAAAGCAAGGAGACUCAGCAAGCCCUGGACUUUGCUGUCAAUGCUUACAACGAUGUCAACAACGACCUGUACCUCAGCCGACCAGUACAUGUGAUGAGUGCCAGCCAGCAGGUUGUGGGCAGGAAGAACUUCUACUUUAAAGUGGUACUGGCGCGAACCCUCUGUGCCAAGUCCCAGUCCCAGACUGACUUGGCCAAGUGUCCCCUCAACGAACAACCAGGCCAGCAGAAGAAUGUAGUUUGCAAUUUCCAGAUCUACAUUGUGCCCUGGCUGAACAAGACUUCCAUGGAAAAUUUCAGCUGCCAUAAUGCCUGA